GGACAGAAUCUGCCGUUGGCUGUGCUUUCUGUGGAGCUUUGUUCCUAACUGUUCUCUCACAAAGAGCUUGUUCUUGUUCGUCCUCUUUGUCUGGCCUCUGGCUUCAACCACUGAAUCGCAAAUAUUCUCCAGCUGGGAAUCAGACGAAGGCAGAAAUGAAGAACCCAGAGGCCCAACAGGAUGUUUCGGUUUCCCAGGGAGUUCGCAUGAUGUUUUACAUGAUGAGGCCCAAUGAAACUUCAUUCCAAACCUUAGAAGAGGUGCCCGAUUAUGUACAAAAGGCAACUCCAUUUUUCAUUUCCUUGAUGCUGCUUGAACUGAUUGUCAGCUGGAUUCGCAAAGGGAAACCACCGGGUCGCUUGGAUGAUGCCUUAACAUCAAUAUCAGCUGGUGUUCUGUCUCGGCUUCCAAGUCUGUUUUUCAGGAGCAUUGAACUAACCAGCUACAUUUAUAUCUGGGAGAACUACAGGCUCUUCAAUUUGCCUUGGGACUCUCCAUGGACUUGGUAUUUAACCUUCUUAGGGGUUGAUUUUGGUUACUACUGGUUCCAUCGCAUGGCCCAUGAGGUUAAUAUUAUGUGGGCUGGACACCAAACACACCACAGUUCUGAAGACUAUAACUUAUCCACAGCGCUGAGACAAUCUGUCUUGCAGAUAUACACUUCCUGGAUUUUCUACUCUCCCCUGGCCCUCUUCGUACCACCUUCGGUAUAUGCUGUUCAUCUUCAAUUCAAUCUUCUCUACCAAUUCUGGAUUCAUACAGAGGUCAUCAAUAAUCUUGGUAUUUUGGAACUGAUUCUUAAUACUCCUAGCCAUCAUAGGGUUCAUCAUGGUAGAAAUCGUUAUUGCAUAGACAAAAAUUAUGCUGGUGUUCUUAUUAUUUGGGAUAGAAUUUUUGGGACCUUUGAAGCAGAGAAUGAAAAAGUUGUAUAUGGUCUAACACGUCCCAUUAAUACAUUUGAGCCAAUCAAGGUGCAGUUCCACCAUUUAUUUUACAUUUGGACUACAUUCUGGGCCACACCUGGACUCUUCAAUAAGUUUUCUGUCAUAUUUAAAGGACCAGGAUGGGGUCCAGGUAAACCAAGACUUGGACUGAGUGAAGAAAUCCCAGAGGUCACCGGGAAAGAAGUUCCCUUCUCAUCCUCUGCCUCUCAACUAUUAAAGAUAUAUACAGUGUUACAGUUUGCUCUGAUGUUAGCAUUUUAUGAAGAGACCUUUGCGAAUACAACUGCAUUGUCACAAGUAACCCUCCUUCUGAGAGUUUGUUUCAUUAUACUGACCUUGACUUCCAUUGGAUUUCUUCUGGAUCAAAGGCAAGAAGCUGCUAUUAUGGAAACUCUUCGUUGCUUGGUGUUUCUAAUGCUGUACAGAAUUGGUCACCUGAAGCCUCUUGUUCCGUCCUUGUCAUUUGUUUUUGAGGUGCAGAUCUAUGCGUGGGCAGAUUGCAGGCACUGGACAGGGCUCCAGGGGGAAUCCUGUCGCCAAGAAGAAGGUGCAAGGGUGCUUGGCCGCGCGUCCACGUGGUCUCCACCCGGACCUGACAGGGACUCAUUACGGGCUUGCAGUCGCUUGCAA